AUGUCAUCUGGCUUCAAAGCAAGAUUCGAGAAAGAACUCAAAGAAAAACUACUAUAGAAAUCAAAUCACAAGCUAACUGAGGAAGCUUGCCUCAUCAAGAUGUUCAAGUACUUCGACAUCUAUGACAAGGGCGCUGUAUCCCUACAAGACUUUGUCAAGGCCAUGGAGAAGAUCGGUCUCUACUACAGCAUCCAGGAACUCGAACCCCUCUUCAAGGCAUAUGACACCGACGGAAGCGGCUCACUCGACUACAAAGAAUUCACUGGUAUCAUAUUCGGAAACGAUGGCAGCACUGUUAAGGGACAAUUAGUAAAGCGCCCUGCCCUAGUUGAUAUAUUCAGAAAGAAAGUCAUCUAGAGAGGUGCUCGUGGUAUCAUUGGUCUUCAGAGAACAUUCAAGAUUAUGGACGAUGAUGGAUCAAAGACACUUUCAAGAUAGGAAUUCGAGAAAGCCAUUAGAGACUUUAAAGCUGAGAUUCCAGCUGAAGAUGCUGGUAUCCUCUUCCAGGCUUUCGAUGUUAACAGAGAUGGCACAAUCCAAUACGACGAAUUCCUUAGAGUUAUUAGAGGUGAACUCAGUGAAUACAGAAAAAACCUAGUUGAAAGAGCCUUCAAAAAACUAGAUAGAGACGGAAGCGGUGUUGUUGAGGUCUCUGAUUUGGUUGGUGUUUAUAAUGCUAAGAAACACCCAGCUGUUAUAGAAGGAAGAAAGACUGAGGAGCAAGUCUUGGGAGAGUUCCUUGAGACCUUCGAAACUCAUCACAAUGUGAUGAAUGACAAUGAGAGAGAUUUCAGAGUUACUCUAGAGGAGUUCAUUGAAUAUUACACCAAUGUUUCAGCUAGUAUUGAUGAUGACAUGUACUUCUAAGCAAUGAUGAAUUCAGCAUGGAAUCUAAGUGGUGAUGCUGCUCAAUAUCAAAGCUACAACAAGGGUUGGGCCAAUGAGGAUGCAUAAAAAAGACCAUCAACUGGCACUCAAGGAGGUGCAUAUCAGAGAAAGAAUAAUGACCCAACUGGCCAAGCUACUCUCAGAAGUGGCAUGGUCAGUUCAGACUUCCCAUUCGGAGAUACUUAAGCAAAAUACUACGAAAAAUAAGGUAGCCCAAUGAGACAAUCACUAGCUAACAACAAGCAUAUUAGUGAUCCACAAAGAGAAUACAAUCAAAUCACAGGAUAAGAGAGCGGUCAGAACCCAUUCGUCUCUAACAUUGGCACCAAAUAUAACACUCAUGUUUCAAAUACCCAAUCAAAGCAAGAAUAUCCAAAGCCAUUAGCUACAUUAGCCCAAUAAAAGCAAAAUGAAAUUCACUUAGACAGAUUCAAGGCAAAGCUCUUCAAAAGAGGUGUCAAGGGUCUUAUUGGCUUAAAGAGACAAUUCAAGAUUAUGGACUCAGAUGGAAGCGGUGCUCUCGAUAUUGAAGAAUUCAAGAGAGCUCUUGCAGACUACAAGGUCCAAGCCUCUCCAGAAGAAGCUGAACAAAUUUUCGGUAUUUUUGAUAGAAACAGAGAUGGCACCAUCAACUUCGAAGAAUUCAUGACUGCUAUCUUGGGACCCCUUUCUGAGUACAGAGUCAACCUAGUAAAAUAGGCAUUCAAGAAACUCGACGAUAAUGGAAAUGGUACCUUAGAAAUUGAUGAGGUCAAGUUCAAAUUCGAUCCUUCAAGACAUCCAGAUGUUAAGAACGGGUCAAAGACUGCCGAAGAGUGCAGAUAUGAGUUUUAUGAUCUAUUCUCUACCCAUCACAAUGUAGCCCAAGGUUUUAAGCCAGACAAGAGCGUAUCAAUUGACGAAUUCCUUGAAUACCAUCAAUUCGUCUCAUCAGUCAUUGACAAUGACAAUCUAUUUAAGAUCUUCAUGACUGGAGUGUGGAACCUCGAUUUAGUGGAAGUCAACAGCGGAUAGAUAAAAACAGCAGGAAGCACUCCUCAAGUCUAUGGAAAAAAUAGCAAGGAGCAGUGGAAAUACGACAUGCACAGAUCACUUUUUGGUGAAAUGGACAACACUCCAAUGGCACAUGAAGUAUAACAAGUCUAUACCAAGAAGUAAAACGGAAAAUAAGCUGUCAACUCAUAGAUGCCAGUUGCAGGUACUGGAAACUGGAAUCAAGUUGGUAAGGCCUCAAACCUUCAAUCAAGCUAAGAUAUUCCUGCUAACCAAAGAUAUCCACCCUCAAAUCAAGUUAAUUACACUACUCUCCCAACUGAGAAACAACUUCUCAACACUGUCAGAGAAAAAAUUAUCUCAAGAGGGGCCAGAGGUAUCAAUGGUAUUAAGAGAGUUUUCAAGAUUAUGGACGACAACGACUCAAAAACCCUAGAUAGACAAGAGUUUUCAAAGGCUAUGAAAGACUAUAGAAUCACCUAGGACCCAGAGGAGAUUAACACUGUGUUCAAGGUCUUCGAUAGAGAUGGCAACGGUGAGAUUAACUACGAUGAAUUCUUGAGAACCAUUGUGGGCAAAAUGAACGAGAGAAGAAGAAACGUUGUCACUCUAGCAUUCAAGAAAUUCGAUGCAGAUGGAAACGGUACUAUCAACAUUGAAGACUUGAAGGGAAGAUACAAUGCCAAGAAUCACCCAGAUGUAAAACUAGGCAAGAAGACUGAAGAAGAUGUGCUCUACGAGUUCUUGGACACUUUUGAACAACAUUAUGCCUUAAGUAACCCAGAAGCAAAGGACAGAUCAAUCAGUAUGCCAGAGUUCAUUGAGUAUUAUAACAAUAUCAGCUGCUCAAUUGACAAUGAUGAAUACUUUGAACUCAUGAUUAGAAACGCCUGGAACCUAGACAAUAAGAACUACAACAAGGGAUGGGCAGGUGAAAACUGA